GACUCGGAUUUAUACGACGAGGACCUGCUGCGCGCCAAGCUGGUGGACCUGCGGCGGCGGCGGCUGGAGGGCGGCGUGGAGGGCAUCGUGUUCGCCAUGCGCUCCGACCUGCUGCGCAACCUCGGCAACAUGUGCAACCCGCAGCUGCACCAGGGCCGCCUGCAGAUGCCGCGACUAAUCGAGGAGUACAUAGACGAGGUGCGCUUCCACCUGCGCGCCGUGUGCGACUCGCACGCGGACGCCUUCCCGCGCGACGCCAAGCUCGCAUUCAUCCACGAAACCCGCCACGCCUUCGGCCGCACCGCGCUCCUCCUCUCCGGCGGCGCCGCCCUGGGCGCGUUCCACCUGGGCGUCGUGCGCACCCUCAUAGAGCACCGCAUGCUCCCGCGCGUGCUAGCAGGCGCGUCCGUAGGGUCGAUUAUCUGCUCGUUCGUGGCGACGAGAUCAGGGUCGGAGCUGCAGGCGUUUUUCGAGGAGAACAUGCAGAGCCUGACGUUCUUUGAGAGCAUGGGGUCCGUGUUCGCCACGGCGCAGCGCCUGCUCGUGCGCGGGGCGAUCGGGGAGAUUGGCGUGCUGCAGCGCCGCCUCAGGCAGCUCAUUGGGGACCUCACCUUCCAGGAAGCAUACGACCUCUCAGGGCGAGUGCUGGGCAUCCCAGUGUGCUCCAUGCGACCACAGGAGCCGCACCGCCUGCUGACGUACCUGAGCGCGCCGCACGUGGUGAUCUGGAGCGCCGUGACGGCCUCGUGCGCGUUCCCAGGGCUGUUCGAGGCGCAGGAGCUCAUGGCCAAAGACAGCAGCGGCCGCAUCGUGCCCUUCCACAUGCCCUCCGAGGCAGGGCCGGAGGAGCCAGCAGCGGCGGUGAAGCAGAGGGCGUGGCGGGACGGCAGUCUGGAGAGCGACCUUCCCAUGCAGGAGCUGCGCGAGCAGUUCAACGUGAACCACUUCAUUGUCUCCCAGGCCAACCCCCACAUCGCCCCCCUGCUCCGCCUCAAAAACGCCUGCCGCAUCUACGGAGGGGACUGGGCCGCCAAGUUGGCGCAGUUAGCGGAGAUGGAGUUGAAGCACCGGUGUGAGCAGGCGCUGGCCGUGGGGUGGCGGGUGGGCGGGCUGGCCAAGCUGUUCGCACAGCCGUGGGAGGGCGACAUCACCAUUGUCAUGCACGCCACGCUCGCACAGGCUACAGCCAGGCAAGGCAAGUGUGCUGACAUGGGUAGCAGCAGCAGCACAGUAGUGUCACAGCUCAUUCUUCCCCUUCACGCUGUCACUCGCUUGCCACCAUUCUGUGGGCCUCCCUCCCCACCUUCUCUCGAUCUUUCCGCCUUCCACCCACCCUCCCACCCACUAUCCCCUUCCCCCAUUCCAGUUCGGCAAGAUGAUUCACAACCCCACUCCAUGCUAUCAUUCACACCGUCGCUUGCCACCCUCCUGUGCGCCUCCCUCCUCACUCUUUUUCCUCCUGUCCCACCUACCCACCCCUCGUCCCCACCCCAGUUCGCCAAGAUAAUUCAGAACCCCACGCCAUCGGAGCUGCGAGCAGCCAUCCAGCAGGGCCGGCGCGGCACGUGGGAGCGGCUGAGCGCCAUCCGCGCACACUGCGGAGUGGAGCUCAUGCUGGACGAGUGCGUCUCCAUCCUGCACCGCCACCGCACUCCUCCUCCCACCACCGUUGUUGCCGCCCGCGGCGCCACCCUUGGGCCCGCGCUGUCCCCUGCUGCCCGCACGCUCUCGCACCCGUCGCUGCCGCUCAUGGCUGCUGCGCAUGCUGCAGGAGCCGGGGAAGAGAGGGGCAGGGGAGGGGCGCAGGCCGGCGCAGGAGCAGGGACAGGAGCAGGAGCAGGAGCAGCAGGCACGGUGACAGGGCUUCCGGUGGGCGCUGGCGCUGGCGCUGGUGCGGGUGCAGGUGGGGUGUGGGGAAGCGGCGGUGCAGGGCGGGGGUCGUUCCGGAAGCGUAUCCCUUCGUGGAACCAGUUUGCCCGGGAGAGCUCCUGGGGGUCCCUGGAUGAGGACGGCGCUGCUGCUGCCGCUGCCCUGCCUGCCUCGGCGACAGCUGGCGCCGUGGGAUUGGCCAGUGGUCACAGCGGGGGAGGGGCCGGGGCAGGGGCAGGGGCAGGGGCAGGUGGGGGUGAGAGCAGCGACAGUGAUGGCGAGAGGGAGCGGGAGAGGGAGAGGGAGAAUGCGAUGUUGGCGUGGAUGCGAGCAGGAGGGCCGCUGCUACGGACGGCUUCCAGUGGCAGGGUGGUGGGGCUGGAAGAAAGGACAGAGGGGUUGGCAGGGGAAGGGGGGGGGCAAGGGCGUGUGGAGCUAGCAGGGAGUGAGGAGAUGGCAGCAGGGAGGGCAGCACAUGCGGAGCUGGCUCAUUCCCACUUUGUCACAGAAGCACAUGGCGCUGCCACCAUCACCACCACCACAGCAGCAGCAGCUGCAGCAGCAGCAGCAGCAGCAGCAGGUGCAGGAAUAUCCAGCCUGCCAGCUUCUGCCCCUGGGCUGUACCUGCCAUUUCCUCCCAGCAAUGCUCACCCUGUGCUGUCACCCACCUCCCCCCCAUUCCAAGGCCACGGGUUCCUCUCCCAUCUGCGCUCCCACUUCUACCCCUCGCCCUCCUCCGCCACCCCCAUCACUCACUUCCUCUUUGCUCCCACCUCCGCACCUGCUCCUGGACACUUCCACGCACCUUCCUUUCCGACCGCUCCUGGGCCGGCAGAUGGUGGAUUCCUCGUGAGUAGGGGCAGCGGGGGAGAGGAGGAGGCGGAGGAGGAGCGAGUGGUGGGGCUGGUACUGGAAAGCAGCAUGCACUGUGCGCCCAGCACGGCUGUCAGGGCUGCUACCAUGCGGUCUGUGCUUGAAGGCGGGGCGGUGCACGCUGGUGGAGGGAGUAGCUUGGGGUUGGGCUUGGAGAUGGGUAUUGGUGUGAGCAUGGGGCAUGGGGGAGGCAUGGCGGGGCAUAUGUUCCGGGCGGGGAGUGCAGGUGCGGUGGGUGUGAGUGAUGUGGCGAUGCAGCCUGCUGCCUCCAGUGCUGCUGCUCCCCAUGCACAUGCUCGUGUGCCACACCACCAACAGCAGCAGCAACAGGAGCAGCAGCAGCAGCAGCAGCAGCAUGGUUUUGAGUGUGGGUCACAGGAAGCACGAGUGAGUCUGGUUGAAGGAAUGGCAGGAGCACCAGCAGCUUUGGCGGGAGCAGCAGGCUCGGCGGGAGCAGCAGCAGGCUCGGCGGGAGCAGCAGCAGGCUCAGCAGGAGCAGAAAACGCACAAGGUUUGGAGGAAGCACAAGGGGCAACCAGGAGCUCGCAUGGCAGCAGUGCAGGAACAGCAGACACUGUCACACCCCCCAUGGCACCUGCAACCCUGUCUCUCUCCGCUUUCCCCCUCGCAGCCCCUUCCUCCCAUCCCAGCAGCCCUUCCUCCUCCUCACCCUCUGCCUCCGCUACCUCCCCUGUUUCCAUCUCCCCGUCCUUCUCUGACUGGCGCCACCGCCAAUCCAGCACCGCUGCCAGCGCCAAUGGCACAGCCAGUGCCAGUGCCAGUGCGGCAGGCAGCCCUACUGCAAAAGGUGUGGGUGGUGGUGAGGAGGGGUUAGGAGAGGAAGAGAACAUGCAGCAGGGGGCGGGUGACGGGGUGGAGGAGCAGGGCACGGAGGAGAAGCAUGUGGUGGAUGGGCAGGCUGUGGGUGCACACUGA